AUGCGUUCUAAGUCCCUUGACGACGCAGCUUAUCAAGCCCUUAUGGCCGAUGAGAUAAACCAUCUUCGUGCUCGAAUCAACGGACCAGCAGUUUGCAAGCUUGCCUCCAGCUUAAACGCAGGGAAGCCUUGUGUACUAGAUCAUCCUUCAAAGGUUGUAGGAUUAGAAUCUCUCACAGGCUGUGCAAAUUACCAUGCUCGCGUCCGGUUUGAGGAUGGAUCUGCGUGGCUUCUACGAGUGCCGCGAGUUACUGGCUUUGCUGUUGGUCUUCCUUCACCUCUAGCCGAAUACCUGAUUCAAAGCGAGUAUGCAACCCUGAAAUUCCUGGAGACUACCAAAGUGCCAGCGCCGCGGGCAUUCUCGUUUGCUGGUAGACCUUGGGACGGCCGAGGAGACACCUCCAAGGUUUGGCAAAGCCUUGGAGAGAUCCUGACGGAAUUAGAGAAGCAUAAGUUCUACCAGGCCGGUUCUCUAUGGGUUGAGUCCCCUCAAGAUCAACCUUCAGUUUCUGCAGCAGCAAGCGAUAGGUUCGUUUGCCUCGACCCUUGGGGCCCAUUUAAAACGGCAACAGAGUAUUAUUCAGCCUGGGCUGAACAGUAUCUCACGCUGAUUGUUGAUGGUCAGCUGUACCCACAAUUCCCGGUUGAGGCCUUCCUGGUGUAUCGAUUCCUAAAGAAGAACGCAAGCACGUUAGCCGAUGGCCAUGAUACGUUUUUUCUUAGGCAUGUUGACGACAGAGGUGAUCACUUGCUAGUCGACAAGCAGACCAACAUCAUUGGGAUUGUUGACUGGCAAAUGGCACGUGUUGUUCCGCGACGAGAGGCAUUUGCGUUGUCCCUUAUUUCUGCGGAUAUGAGAGCUCUGUGUGAUGGUCAAGUGUCGCUUAGUGCGAAGGACGUCGCACUUGCUGGUGCUUUGCUGAAAAAGAACGCACAGUUGGCGGAAUGUAUGGGGGAUGAGAAGAUGAGACGAUUCUUUUGGGGAUUAGGACUAGAGCAUGAAUGGACCUUGGCAUUCCCAUUAGCGAAGGCCAUACUUCGGUCUUCGGAGUAG